AUGGGCGUUGCGGUGCUUCAUCCCCACGAUUCCCUCACUUGCAAACCACCUAACCGCUACCGUACCAUAGCCCCUCACUUUUCCGACAAAAAACUCUCAAACCCUAACCCUAGCCCUAAGUCUCAUCGGAGCACCAGAAGCCGCAAGAAGCGGACCGAUCCAACCUCACCAGAGGUCCCCGGCCCGGCCCAACCCACCAUACCGCAAAAGCACCUUUUGAUGGGCCAGGUCAAAAUCCUGAAACGCGGUGAGCUACUUACUGAAACCACGCAGCAUCCACAACUGCAGACGGAAGCCGCUAAGGAGUUAAGUACGCAGACGGGAGCCGUCGAGAGGGAGGUAACUACGGCGACGGAAACCAAGAAGAUUAAUCCGACGUCGUCUUUAGCGGAGAAAGUUGAGGGUUUUUAUGCGGGAUACUCGAUUUUGGUGAUGUCGCCGCCUCCGAGCUCCGUUCCUUUACCUGCUUUUAUCACUAAGAAGAUCGCGGCUGUGAAUGGCGCCACGCGUGACUUACGGAAGAUGAUGCGGCCUGAUUUUGUGUGA